GAGAAAGAUGGAGGCUUCCGGUUCUCUGAUUGUCAACAACAAAAUGAGAACAGGAAUCGGUGGUGCGGUAAUUGGCAGCCCCCAACCGGGCAAGGGACGAGAGUACAACCGUACACAGCGCAAGGAUUCAGAGGGCUAUUCGGAGUCUCCGGACCUAGAGUUUAUAUAUGCUGAUUCUGACAAGUGGGCAGCAGAACUUUCAGAAUUGUACAGCUAUACUGAAGGUCCAGAGUUCCACCUUAACAGAAAAUGCUUUGAAGAAGAUUUCCAUUUGCAUGUGCCUGAUAAAAAAUGGACAGAACUGGAUGUGUCCCAGCAGCGGGCUCACACCAUGCGUCUCCUGGAUGCUUUAGAAGUCACUGCCAGAGAAAAGAGGCUGAAAGUGGCUCGUGCUAUUUUGUAUGUAGCACAAGGUACAUUUGGGGAUUGUAGUUCAGAGGCUGAGGUUCAAAUCUGGCUGCGACACAAUAUCUUUCUGUUGCUGGAAGCUGGUGCAUUUACUGCCCUUGUAGAACUUCUAAAUAUGGAAGUAGAAAACAGUGCAGCUUGCAGCAAUGCAGUAAGGAAGCCAGCCAUAUCUUUAGCCGACAGUACAGACUUACGUGUUCUGCUGAACAUUAUGUAUUUGAUGGUGGACACUUUGCGGGAGGAGGCAGAAGGGGAUUCUCCUGAGUGGAAAGCCAUGCGGCAGACAUUCCGUACAGAACUGGGGUCCCCUUUUUAUAACAAUGAACCCUUUGCAGUGAUGCUGUUUGGCAUGGUUACAAAGUUCUGCAGCGGUCAUGCUCCACACUUCCCAAUGAAAAAGGUCCUGUUGCUGCUCUGGAAGACUGUAUUGUGUACACUUGGUGGCUUUGAGGAACUACUGGAAAUGAAAGCGCAAAAGCGUGAGAUUCUAGGUUUGCCGCCUCUUCCAGAAGACAGCAUUAAAGUUAUCAGAAAUAUGAGGGCUGCUUCCCCACCAGCUUCAGCUUCUGACCUCAUUGAGCAACAACAGAGGAGAGGUCGUCGGGAGCAUAAGGCACUUAUUAAACAAGAUAAUCUUGAUGCUUUUAAUGAACGAGACCCUUACAAAGCAGAUGACUCCCGUGAUGACGAGGAAGAAAAUGAUGAAGAUAACAGCCUUGAGAAUGAACCCUUUUCCAUAGAAAGGGAGGAAGUGAUGCCUCCAUCAGUGACUCAUCCUCCAGCUGAGCGUCUUGCCUUCCCAAAGGGCUUACCUUGGGCACCUAAAGUAAGAGAGAAAGAUAUCGAGAUGUUCUUGGAAUCGAGCCGUAGUAAAUUUAUUGGUUAUACCCUUGGAAGUGACACUAACACAGUGGUAGGUUUACCAAGACCCAUCCAUGAGAGUAUACGCACUCUCAAACUACACAAGUAUACAUCUGUUGCUGAGGUGCAGAUUCGACAAGAAGAGGAGUUUUUAAGAUGCCCUUUAUCAGGGGGAGAAGAGGAGGUUGAGCAGGUUCCUACAGAGAUUCUUUAUCAAGGUCUCCUUCCUAGUCUUCCCCAGUAUAUGAUUGCAUUGCUGAAAAUUUUGCUUGCUGCUGCCCCUACCUCCAAGGCCAAGACUGAUUCCAUUAAUAUUUUGGCAGACGUGUUGCCUGAGGAGAUGCCGACCACAGUUUUACAAAGUAUGAAACUUGGUGUUGAUGUAAACCGGCAUAAAGAAAUCAUAGUAAAAGCAAUUUCUGCGGUGCUUCUUCUGCUGCUUAAACAUUUUAAACUGAACCACAUUUAUCAGAUGGAGUAUAUGGCCCAGCACCUAGUGUUUGCCAAUUGUAUUCCUUUAAUUUUAAAAUUCUUUAAUCAGAAUAUUAUGUCCUACAUCACUGCCAAGAACAGUAUUUCAGUCCUGGAUUAUCCAUACAGUGUUGUGCAUGAGCUGCCAGAGUUGACUGCAGAGAGUUUGGAAGCUGGGGACAAUAACCGCUUUUGUUGGAGAAAUUUGUUUUCUUGCAUAAAUCUUCUGCGUAUUUUAAACAAACUAACCAAAUGGAAGCACUCAAGGACCAUGAUGCUUGUGGUCUUUAAGUCUGCUCCAAUCCUAAAACGAGCUCUAAAGGUUAAACAGGCCAUGAUGCAGCUCUAUGUUCUGAAGCUGUUAAAGGUACAGACCAAAUAUUUGGGCCGUCAGUGGAGGAAAAGUAACAUGAAAACAAUGUCAGCCAUUUAUCAGAAAGUUCGGCACCGUCUAAAUGAUGACUGGGCUUAUGGAAAUGAUCUUGAUGCUCGUCCUUGGGAUUUUCAGGCUGAGGAAUGUGCUCUUAGGGCAAACAUUGAACGUUUCAACUCAAGGCGCUAUGAUCGGACUCAUAAGAAUCCUGAUUUUCUCCCUGUAGACAACUGUCUUCAGAGUGUUUUAGGACAACGUGUGGAGCUACCUGAGGACUUUCAGAUGAACUAUGAUUUAUGGCUGGAGAGAGAAGUGUUUUCUAAACCAAUAUCAUGGGAGGAACUGCUGCAGUAGUUUGUAUAUGUAGGGAAGGUUGUAAACAGCACACUAUACUUUUUCCAAGCCUAAAAUGUUCAUUGGGCAGAUGCAGGUUGAAUACUUCUUAUCUACAUAUAUAUUCUUCUUUUACAUCCAACAGCAUCAUACUAAUCUAUCUUUGAUAUCCUAAUGCUCUGUGCUACAGAUUACAUUCCUUUUUUGUUUUGUUUUUUUUUUUUUUUAAACAUAAUGUAAUGCAGCUUUUAUUUCAGUAUUCUACCAGAAUACCAGAAGCAAUGGUAGGCUAAAGCAUUCGGUCACAAAUCCUUUUGUUUAUAAUCCCAGUAUUCUCUAGUGGUGGGAUGGCUUUAGUAACGAACUACAGGUUUGGGAUCUCUUAUCUGGGAUGGUAGCAUUUUUUGAUAAAGGGUUCUUUUCUUAAUUUGGUGCACCAUGCUUUAAGGCCACUUAAAAGUUUAAAUAUUAAAAAAGAAAAAUAUAAUAGUAUUUCUAUUAACAGGAAUUUGUCUUUUUACAAAAGAAAAAAACAAUAAUAAAGGAAAACAAAUUUGAGUUGGUAUGUAUUUGGGAGCUUUCUUCAUAGUAGAACCUAAACCUGUAGUGCAAUUUCCUGUCUUUUAUUAUAGGUCUGAAUUUGUUUUGUUUUUUACCACUAGAAUGAACAGUAUGGUAAUCUGCACUCGCCCCUUUCUAGCUCUUCUUUAAGGAAAAGGGCUUUUUUAGAUGAGGAAGGAAUGAAGAUUUGUGCAUUAUGUAAAGGUGGAAUUAUAUCCUACAACAAUUUAAUUUGAUAAGGAAUUUAUUUCUCCAUAUUUGCUGGGAACCCCACCUAAUAAAUAUUUCCUUGCACUAUAGAAUCUAUAGAUUAUAUCUCUGUACAGAGAUUCACAAAGCAUUGCAAACAGUGAUCUUACCAAAGGUUUAGAACCCAGAAUGUUUCCUCACUGAUCCUCCCUGAGCUUAAAAAAAAAAAAAAAAAA